AAACAAAAUGGUGGAAAAUAGUUGAUAAAUCAAUCUCAUGAAUAUUGUUAUAUAUGCGUCUCUUUCAUUCCGCGCGGUAGUAAAAAAGAGUGUAUGAGUUUAUUGAUAUUUAAAAUAUAAAAAUAUGGAAUAUUGAAAAAAGUGAACUUCCACAUUUAUUAUUUUUUUUUUUAAUUUUUGCUAAGUUUGUUACUUGUUUAUUUGUGCAUUGAUUUUUUAGUUAAUUUAAUUUUUGACUAGAACAAGGUAUUAGAAGAAUAUAUCGGGAACUAAUGAAGUAAAAUUUUAUGACAUUUUGGAAAUAAUAUAACCCACAAAAUUACUGAUACUAAAAACUAAAAAAAAUAAUGACGCGAGGUUUGUUGUGAAUUGAGGAUCACUUUGUUAUUUUGAUAAGAAGUUAACGUUUUGUAAGGUUUGCGCCAAAAUAUACAAUUCGUAUACACAUUCAUCUGUAAAAUAAAGAAAGCAAGAUUUUAUUCUUAAAUGCAUCAAACAUGAAUCAAGGCAAUUCAGCAGGAGGGGGGCAGCAAGGGUAUAAUCCGGCCCCUCCUGCUGUCUUAAACCGCAGAUCAACUUCUUCAACAGUAAUAUCGUCGAUAUUAUCAUCGACAGCUUCAGCCUCAAAUUCACAUUUAGCAACCUUAACUUCUCAACAACAACUACAGCAACAGUCAAAUCAACAACAACAUCAACAACAGCAGUAUCAUUCUCCAAUUAUUCAAAGUGGAUCUGCGGUACAAAACAUUUUUAAUCCAGCAUUGUCGUCACAACAGCAUAUGACAACUUCAAGAUAUCCCAAUAUUCCAACAAUUACAAAUCAGCAACAAAAAUUUGUGCAAUCAAUUAAAGGAGUGGUAACAGAUAGUAAAAGAAAUACGCCUUCAAUUAUAAAUAUUGGUCCAAAUCAGUAUCAACAAAAAGCGACCGGAAAUAAAACGGUAGGAUCAGAUUUAAGUUUAAGUUAUAGCAGUUACAGUUUAUCUGCAAAUAAUUUGAAUGUGAUAACAUCAUUGGGAACACCUUCGACAGUGUCAAGUUGUGUUAAUAAUAAUUCUUUGCAGCAGUAUACAACUGAUAAUUUAGAACCAACAUCAACACCCAAAAAAGUGAAACUAGAUCAUAGCACACAAGAAUCUUCAGUAAUAAAUUCUAAAGCUAGUGUGACCACUGCAGCGAGUCAUAUAAAUGUUGAUUCUGCCGACAUAAAUGUAUUGAAAAAACAAAUUUUUGAACAUUUAAAUUUGAGAUUAAAAAAGUCUAAAGAAAAGUACUUUGAAUAUGUUGCCGAAUUGUUUUUCCUUCAAAGUGGAGGUAAUAUGAUGGAAUAUCCGGUCUGGAGGAAGAAACCAGCAACACCGCAAUUUAUUAAUUUUAAUAAAUCAUAUCGCUUAGAAGGCUUCACGAAUGAUGAUACGAAUAAUAAGAUAAAUCAGCAAGCGGUGCAACAGCAGACUAACUUAAUCAAAACAAUUCCGUUGUCUUUAUCGACUGCAUCAUCAUCAACAACUUCAUCGAUUUCGAAUAAUUUACCAGAAGGAGCUGAAAUUAAGAUACCCGCUGUAGGAGCAACACCAAUUGCGCUAUCAACACAAUUACCAGCUGCUGUUGUUCAAUUAUCUCAACAAGGUGGAAAGCCAUUGGUUCCAGAUGUUGUACCUGGUAAUAGUAAUAUUGGAAAUGUAAAUGAAACACAUCGAGGUUCUAACAGCCAAAAUAAUAUUUCAACUGGUAAUUUAGUAAAUACGAGUAAUCCAACAAUAUAUGGGCCUGCUGUACCCCCAAUUAUUGGUGCCAAUGCGAAUUCAACAUCAGCAAGUAAUGCAAACUCCCAAGAAUUUUCUGUCAAAGCAAAGCAGGAGGUGUAUGUUAUGCAAAGAAUACAAGAAUUGCAGCGCGAAGGUUUAUGGACUGAAAAACGUUUACCUAAAAUUCAAGAACCUUCAAGGACAAAAGCCCAUUGGGACUAUUUAUUAGAAGAAAUGGUAUGGUUAGCCGCUGAUUUUUCUCAAGAGAGGAAAUGGAAGAAAAGUGCGGCGAAAAAAUGCGCCCGUAUGGUACAGAAAUAUUUUCAAGAUAAAGCAAAUGCUGCACAAAGAGCUGAAAAAGCUCAAGAAUUACACUUAAAACGUGUUGCAGCCUUUAUUGCACGUGAAGUAAAAAUAUUUUGGAGUAAUGUUGAAAAGUUAGUUGAAUAUAAACAUCAUACAAAAUUAGAGGAGAAAAGGAAAAAAGCUUUAGAUCAACAUUUAAGUUUUAUUGUUGAUCAGACUGAAAAAUUUUCUCAACAAUUAGCAGAAGGUAUGAAUAAGACGCUUCCUGAGAAGGAUAGCGCUGAACAAAGUUUAACUUCAAGCCGCAGGUCUUCACCAAACCGAAAAGUUAUUUCUGAUGAUGAAUUUCGUCCUGAAACAGGUUCGGAAGACGAUGAGGAAACGAUAGCCAAAGCUGAAGCGGAAGCUGAAAAUGUGAAAGAAGAAAUCGCGGCUUUACAAAAAGAAUCUGAAAUGGAUUUAGAUGAUUUGAUAAAGGGUCUUCCGGAAGAUUAUUUAAAAAAUCGAAAUAAUAUAAAAAUAGAAUCCGCUUCGAGCGAUGAUGAAGCGUCAGCAGACGAAGAAUUCCAAGCUAGUGAAGAAGAUAGCGAUGAUGUUGAAGAUACAAUUUUAGAACAAGAAAAUGCUGAAAAGGACAUUGACCACCAGCAAGAAAUUGAUGAGCUAAAUGCCGAUAAUGAUUUAAGCAUAGAAGAAUUAAUGGCAAAGUAUGGAAAAAGAAGAAAAGUUGAAGUAAAAGAAGAGCUUGAUUCAGAUGAUGUGCAAGAAUCGCCGGAUUCUGAUAGCGCGGAAGAAACUGAUGACGAAUCCGAAGAAGAUGAUGUCGAAAAGGAAGACUCAAAAGUUGGUCUAAAAAGCUUAUUGGAUGAUGAAAAUAAAGAUGAUUCGACAAAUAAGGAUAGUUUAAUUAAUGAUGCCGCGGCUAUAGCUGAAAGCAUACAACCCAAGGGAAAUACGUUGUCUUCAACUAAUGUUGUAACACCAAUUCCUUUUUUAUUAAAACAUACAUUAAGAGAAUAUCAGCAUAUUGGGCUUGAUUGGUUAGUAACGAUGCACGAUCGAAAAUUAAAUGGAAUUUUAGCUGAUGAAAUGGGUUUGGGUAAAACAAUACAAACAAUUGCUCUUCUAGCCCACUUGGCUUGUGUAAAAGGUAAUUGGGGACCACAUUUAAUUGUAGUACCAUCAUCAGUUAUGUUGAAUUGGGAAAUGGAAUUCAAAAAAUGGUGUCCUAGCUUUAAAAUUUUAACGUACUAUGGGUCACACAAAGAACGUAAACUUAAGCGUGUUGGAUGGACAAAACCAAAUGCUUUCCAUGUUUGCAUAACAUCAUAUAAAUUGGUCACACAAGAUCAGCAGAGUUUUAGACGAAAGAAAUGGAAAUAUUUGAUCUUAGAUGAGGCGCAGAACAUAAAAAAUUUUAAAUCGCAAAGAUGGCAGUUGUUGUUAAAUUAUUCAACAGAACAGAGGCUAUUAUUAACUGGUACACCACUUCAGAAUAAUUUAAUGGAACUGUGGUCCCUGAUGCAUUUUUUAAUGCCGCAUGUUUUUUCCUCACAUAGGGAAUUUAAGGAAUGGUUUUCAAAUCCGAUGACAGGAAUGAUAGAAGGGAAUUCGGAAUACAAUGAAUCUAUUAUAAAACGUCUGCAUAAGGUAUUAAGACCGUUCCUUCUGCGCCGAUUGAAAUCAGAAGUUGAGAAACAGAUGCCUAGGAAAUAUGAGCAUGUUAUAAUGUGUCGCUUAUCCAAAAGGCAACGUUAUUUAUACGAUGAUUUUAUGAGUCGUGCCAAAACGAGGGAAACUCUUGCAUCAGGCAAUCUUUUAAGUGUCAUUAACGUUUUAAUGCAAUUAAGAAAAGUUUGUAAUCAUCCGAAUCUUUUUGAAGUACGGCCAACUAUAUCACCAUUUCAAAUGGAAGCAAUUAUUCUUCGUAUGCCAACGUUAGCAUGUAACAUGUUUGAAUAUGAUCCAUUUAAGCACAUUGAUUUAAGUUCGUUAAAUCUUAUAUUGCUACAAUUGGAAUUAUGCUUAACAGCGUAUGUUUCGUAUAAAGUACGAAAAUUACAAGCACCAAAAAAAUUAAUUGAAGAAAUUGACUCAUUACCACCACCCCCACCAAAAUGUCCUUCAGGGAAAUAUAGAUUUCAUAUACGUGUUAAAAGUGCCAGUGUUCAAGAAAACUUAGUUAAUCAUCAUAAUAGUAGUAGUAGUAGUUAUAGUUCAGGAGUUGCGGUUGGCACGAGUCCAGCUAUGAAGACUGAAGGCAAUAGAUUAGUUCCAAUACGCAAUGCGUCAGGGGUUAAACUGAAUCAUAAAUCUAUUGUCACUAAUCAAAAUGUACGCAUCCCAAUAUUGGCGAAUAUACAAAACGACUGGUCUCAGUAUCACAAACCCAAUGCUUCGUUAGUUUCAGCAGGACCUAGCAAUGCGGUAGCAUCAAUAAAUAGAGGGCAAAUAGUAUCAAUAUCUGCGAAUACUCUUAGUAAUAUUAAUACAAAGCAUAAUGUUAAUUUUCAUGUAAGCCAUUCAAAUAACAAUAGUAGUAAUAAUAUUAGUAUAUCUAGUGCAGUCCCGCAAUAUACACAAAUAAUUCAAACAAGUGCUGGGCGUCAUAUAGUUCUAACACCCAGCAGUAAUGUUGGGCCAAUACUAUCUGGCGGUCAAAGAAUUACAGUAGUUGGGAAGUCAAACAUAAAUGCCACCUCAACGAAAUCUGUUCCAAAUAGAAUUCAAAAUCAAUAUGUGUAUCCUAGCAAGGUUGUUAAAAGUGAAAGUGAUCAAAGUUUAGUUCAAGCGCUGGCGCAACAAAUUCAAAGUACAUCAAGUAGUGAAAAUAUUAGUAAUAGUAAUAAAGUAGCAUCAACACCUUCAGUUAAAAUUGAACCCACAGUUAAAGUAGAAACUGUGAAAGAAACAGUGGAAGAUGAUAUAAAAAAAGACCCUGAAUUUGCUAUGAACGAAAUUGAGCAAACAAGAAAAGAAUUUAGAUCAACUUCUUUAUUUUUAAUGGCUCGUUGCAAUCAAAGGCGAUGUGAAAGUAUUCCUUUAUAUGGCGAAGACUGUCGAAACUCCAUUUGUAAAGUAUGUUUGCCUUGUCAAUCGCCUGAAUAUUCAACAUGGUUAUCACGCAGUUUUACAAAUUGUGCAUUAACAAGUCAAGCACGUGGUAAUUGGUCUUUAACAAAAAUUUUGAAAACCUAUGUUGAACGAACAGAUGAAAUGAGGAAGAUGUUUGAAAAUUUUGUAAUAUAUGUUCCCGCAGUAGCAGCACCCAGACCUCAUUUGAUAGUUCAACAUUUAAGUCCAUCACAAUUCAAUGCAGAGAAAAAUAUGGAAUUAACUUUGAUUAAAGAAAUAUCCCCAAAACUAAAUUUAUUACAUCCAAUAAUGUCGGCACAAUGCACCCAAUUUCCAGAUCCUCGGCUAAUACAAUACGACUGUGGAAAAUUGCAAACUUUAAAUCAUUUAUUAAGGAAAUUGAAAACAGAAGGACAUCGCGUGUUGAUAUUUACUCAAAUGACAAAGAUGUUAGAUGUUUUAGAAGCUUUUCUUAAUUACCACGGGCAUAUAUAUUUGCGUUUGGAUGGAACGACGAAAAUAGAACAAAGACAAAUACUAAUGGAACGGUUCAACGGUGAUAAAAGAAUUUUUGUUUUUAUAUUAUCUACGCGGUCAGGGGGAGUAGGCGUCAAUUUGACCGGAGCGGAUACUGUGAUAUUCUAUGACUCAGAUUGGAAUCCUACAAUGGAUGCCCAAGCACAAGAUCGCUGUCAUCGUAUAGGCCAGACAAGGGAUGUCCACAUAUAUAGACUGGUCAGCGAAAAAACUAUUGAAGAAAAUAUAUUAAAGAAAGCUAAUCAAAAACGAAUGUUAGGUGAUUUAGCUAUUGAAGGUGGGAACUUUACAACAGCUUAUUUCAAGACAUCUACCAUACAGGAUCUAUUCCACGUUGAACAGGAAGAAGAUGCGUCGACUCGUUUGGCAGAAAUUCUUGAAAGAAAAAAUAAAUCUGUGGUUGAGACUGCAUCUAUUAGCGGUAGUAAUAUAAUAGUAAACAGUGGAAAUGGGGGAACUGUAAGUACUGGAAAUGAAGAUAAAUCUACAUUGGGUGCAUUUGAAAGUGCGUUAGCUGCUGCUGAAGAUGAACAAGAUGUUGAAGCAGCAAAGACAGCGAAGGAUGAAGCUGCAGCAGAUUUGGCUGAGUUUGAUGAAAAUAUUCAAUUAGAUGACAACUGUACAGAAAAACCAGAAAUGAGUAAAGCUGAUCAAGAACUAGAAAAUUUGGUAUCGCAGUUAAGUCCUAUUGAGAGAUACGCUAUGAAGUUUGUUGAAGAAACAGGUGGAGCAUGGACAGCUGCCCAACUUCAAGCAGCGGAAGCUGAAAUCGAACAGCAGAAACGAGAAUGGGAAGCAAAUAGAUUAGCAGCUUUAGCUAAAGAAGAAGAAAAUCGCAAAAUAGAACUUGAAAAUGAUGUAAUGCUUACAUAUAGCAGAGAGGAUACUAGUGAACAGUUCUGGUUUUUGGAUAGUUCUAUGGAUGAAAUGGAGCUAUGGUGUCCUCCAACACCUCCAACAGAUGAUAAUGACAUUUACAUCGAUUAUGCUCUGGCAUUUUUAUAUGAAAUUGAUAUUAUGCCGGAGUCGCAUUUACCACCGGUUUACGUUAAGAAAGAUUAUAAAAGAUCGCGUUCAGAUGCAGGUUUCUUAGUUGAUAAUCGCAGACCACAUAAAAUUCGAAAAGAAGAUAAUUAUUAUGCGCCGAGAUCUUUAUUUGAUCGACCGACGCCAGCUAUCGCUAAAAUACGACGAGAUUUAAAGUUGCAACGAUAUCGCGGUUCAUUUAAACCAAUAAUACAAAUACCAUCAUGGAAACAGCCAGUGCCAAUAAAACCAUUAGUGGAACCAGAAGGAAUGGCUGAAUGGUGUAUUUAUGAAGAUGUUUCUAUAUUGCAUGUUUUACAAAAUAUUCAAGGUUUACCAUUAAAUUUAUUAGUGCUUUCACCGGGUCAUACACCUAAUUGGGAUUUAGUUGCCGAAAUUGUCAAUUUUUAUUCAAGAACAUAUCGUUCUCCUAAACAAUGUAGGUGGCGAUAUGAGGCCGUAAUUGUUCCACGAGAAGAGGGUAAAUUGUUAGAAAGUCCUAAAAAACAGAAGAAGAUUAAAACUGUUUUGAAGGCAGCUAACAAAGGGGGUGUGAAAUCUCUUAGGACUUCGCAGCUCUAUGUCAGUGAUAAUAACGUUUCAUUUACGAAACUUAUUAAAUUAAAAUUUGAUAAUUUAAAGGCCGCGUACUUAAAAAAAGCACCGCCUCCAAAGCAGGUUUUUGGAAUCCCAAGUCAAAAAAAUUCGCAAAAACAUGCGUCAGUGCUACAGGAAUUUGGCAUUGUAAAUUAUGAUUUACCAUUAAAUCCCCUUGAUAUUGCGCUAAGAAAAGCAGAGAAGUUAAAAGAAAAACAACGUGGUGCUAUUGCUUUACCCCCUCCAACUGUUGUGCAAUCAAUCAGUCAACAUGAAAUUAUUCAACAACAACAACAACAACAGCAACAACAACAGCAACAACAGCAACAACAACAGCAACAACAACAGCAACAACAACAUCAACAACAACAUCAACAACAACAACAACAUCAACAACAACAACAACAACAGCAACAACAGCAGCAACAACAACAAUCACAACAACAUCAACAUUCACAUCCACAUCAGCAUUCUCAUCAACAUGCACAUCAACAUCAGCAACAGCAUCAACAUCAACAUCAGCAUCAACUUCAACAUCAACCGCAACAAACGCAGCAUCAGAUAACAGUUCAGCAACAAUCACAACAAGUUGAACAACCACCUCCACCGAGCAUAGCUCAGGCACAUCAUCAACAAACGACCACUGCUAUUGUUGUACAACAAAGUCCUCAAAUCGGUAGUCAAUCAGGGUUGCAACAAGUGACACAAAUAAUGCAAGCAACACCAAUUCAAACAUCACGAUCAACUGGACAAGGAAGUAUACAGGUUCAUCAGCCACAAAUUGUAAAAGCUAUAGUGACGCCGUCAUCUGGAAUAAUGACCAGUAGCGCCACUCAAGUGCAGCAGAUUAAUCAAACAACCGCCCAACAGAUUCAAUUACAACAAACUCAGGGUCAACUGCAAACUAGUGGUAAUUUAGUAACUCCAUCUUCGGUUUCUGUAGUGUUAACAACUCCGGUCUCAGCUCCAAUAACUUCCCAAACAGCCCAAAUAGUUUCAAUUCAACCACAAAAUAGUACAUCAACAUCAACAAUAAUCACACAGGCUCAGAACGCAUCAAUUGUUCAGACACUUCCGUCACAAAGUUUACCUCAAGUUGUUUCAGUGUCACAGUUAGCUACGGUUGGAACGGUUCUUACAACCUCAGCCGGAUUGCAUCCAAACGCCACUGUUGCUACUUUAAAUGCAGGCACUUUACGAGCGCAAAGAAUUGUGCAAGGAGGUCAAAUACAAGAAGUUGUUUUGCAACAACGUCCUAAUAACCAAAGUCCAACUAUAGUAUCAAUGAGUGGAAUUACUAACCAAGGAGUCACUCAGGCUCAAUUUCAGGCUGCCCAAUUACGCUUGUCUAUGGCUGGAUCCCAACCAGUUACGGGUGUUGUUGCUAAAGGAAUUUCCUUGCAACAAGCUGGGAAAUUAACGAGUCAGUCAACUCCUAUUCAGCUAUAUCGACAACAGCAAUUGCGACAGCAACUUAAAGUUCUUCAAACUUCCCCAGCUCAAACAGGUCAAACAACGGCUGCGGUUGUUCAGACUGCUGGUGGACAAACGGCUUUAGUCAACGCUUCCACAGGCGCUAUAAUACAAGGAGGGAUCGUACCCGCACAAACUGUACAGGUUCAAGGACAGAAAGUUUCGGUUGCGACAGUAACUGCUGCAAGUGCUAACGCAGGAGCUGGCACUUCAAUAACAACAGUGCAAGUGGCAGGUGGAACUCAAGGUCGCACUCAAUUUAUAAAGCAGGUGGCGUCAGGUACAAAGCAAACUGUUACAAGACCGGUAACUGAUAGUGAAAUGUUACUUGUUAAGAGACAAUUAAUUGGAGCUCAACAAAAAACGCAAGUUAUACCACAAACGCAAAUAUUUACACCAGCGAAUGUACAAGUCCAACAACCAGGUACGUCAGGACAACAACCGAUUGCCACGCUAGUGAAAACUUCAAGUGGCACUGUAACAGCUGCUGCUGGUACAGUUGGAAUGGCAUUGUCACAAAUAAAACCUGGAGGUCAAAUAAAAGUUACUAUGGCAAAUCAAAAUCAGGUUCGCCAGUUGCAGUUUCAGCAACAAUUAAUAGCUCAACAAAGAAAAGGUGGAAAAAUGACUCAAAUAGCACAAGUUCAACCAAAAGCAGGUGGAGUUCCAGCGCAAUUGAUAGUACAAAGUCAAAAAAAUUUACCAGGAUCAAUGACAGUUCAACAAUUGAUAAGUAGACAACCUGGAACAAUAGCCGCUACCGGACCUAUUCUGCAUAUGGGGAAAACUAGUGUUGGACGCGUUAUUCCAGUUUCAGUGGCCUCACAGCCAAACGCGAGGCAAACUAUACAGGUUGUUUCAGCUUCACCUGCACAAAUUCGAGCUCACGUAGCCAAUGCAGCGAAUCAAGGUAUAGCUACUGGUACAAUUAAAGUCGCUGGAGCUAAUCAAGUCCAAACACAACAAGCCUUGAUAAAUGCAUUACAGUCACAACAGGGGCCAAAAACCGCAAGUCCUGUUCGCUUGCAAACAGCGACUGGGUCUCUUGUAACCGUCACUGUGCAACAGCCAGGUGGAAGUAGUCAAGUUCAAACUAAUUCUGCUGCUUCUGUCUUAGAUCAGCAGUCACAACAACAAACUCAACAGCAACAACAAGGAACGAUACAACAAAUACCUCCAAUUCAACAAGGUCAACAAAUAUCGCAACAACCCUCACAACAGCAACAACAGUUGCACCAACAACAACAACAAUCACAAACCCAACAGCAACAGCAAUCUCAACAAGUAAGAACGUUAAUGAAAAAAAAAAUAAUGUCAAUCCGUAAUAAUGAUAUUAAAGAUCAAUAAACAGUAUCCUUUCAAGAAUACAACAUUUUUGAAAUAUGUAAUAUGAAAUAUUGUAUACUCAUGUUUAGUGGUAGACUAUACAAUGAUAUAAAAGAACACAUUCCAUAUAUGAAAUUUUCGACAAUUAAAUAAAAUUUUUCUCAAAUUUUACUUUGUCAGUAAUUUUGUGUACAUAUAUAUAACAUUAUGUGGAAAAUAUGUAUAAAAACUUUUUCACAUUAAGAAAUUUGAAGAAAAUUUUUGUUUUAAUGAGAAAAAUAGUAUCUGUUUUUGUAUAUUAAAUAUGUUCUUUUAUGUAAUAUCAUUUACUCUACAAUUUCAACAAUGAACUUCAA